GAAGCACCGCCCCUCUCGCCCACGGUCGUCUCGCCGGCCCCGCCCACGACCCCUCCCCGCCGCGAGCUCGGCGCCUGGUCCUUUCAGCGCCAGCCUGCGGACACGUCCACCCCCGACGCUCUGAGGUCACCGACACAGCCGGACUGCGGGGGGCGGAGGGACGGAGGGAAGAUGGCGGCAGAGGCCGGAUAUUGGCGCCGCCUCCCCCAAUCCCGGAGCCGGCGCAGAUGAGGCGGCUCGGCUGGGGCCAGCGGCGCUUCGGAACCCGAGCUGGAGGGACCCUGGCGGUGGGGCCUGUCCCUGCUCUAUGCCGGCGCCUCGGCUAGAGUGAGCGGCGGCAGCGGCGGCGACGCCUCUUUCCUCCGGCCGGUUCCCUGUGGCUGUGAGUCCGAGCGGGUGGCCGGCGGCGGGGUCGGGAUGGAGGACGUUAACUCCAACGUGAACGCGGACCAGGAGGUGCGGAAGCUGCAGGAGCUGGUGAAGAAGCUGGAGAAGCAGAACGAGCAGCUGAGGAGCCGCUCGGGGGCCGUGCAGGGCGCAGGCCCCCUUGGGCCCGGCAGCCCGGUUCGGGCCGGCGUGUCCACUCCCUCCUCUGGCUCGGCGUCCCCUCGGGGCUUCCCUUUGGGCCUCAGCACCAAGUCGGGCAGCGGGGCCGGAUCGGGCCCGAGACGGACGAGUAGUGAGGAGCUGCGGGACGCGACCUCCUUGCUGGCAUCUGGCGAGGGCGGCUUGCUGGACGAGGUGGAGCCGCUGCGGCCCGACGAACUGGAGCGCCUGUCAGGCUGGGAGGAGGAGGAGGAGAGCUGGCUGUAUUCAUCACCAAAGAAAAAACUUACACCAAUGCAGAAAUCGGUUAGUCCAUUAGUAUGGUGCAGGCAAGUUUUGGAUUACCCAAGUCCUGAUGUUGAAUGUGCUAAAAAGUCUCUUAUCCACAAACUUGAUCAAACUAUGUCAGCUCUCAAGAGACAGAAUUUAUAUAAUAAUCCUUUCAACUCUAUGAGUUACUCAAGUCCUUACAGUCCAAAUGCCAGUAGCCCAUACAGCAGUGGCUUCAAUUCUCCAUCCUCAACCCCAGUGCGACCUCCUAUAGUCAAACAACUUAUACUUCCUGGAAAUUCAGGUAACUUCAAAAGUUCAUCAGACAGAAAUCCUCCGCUCAGUCCUCAAUCCUCUAUAGAUAGUGAGUUAAGUGCUUCAGAAUUAGAUGAAGAUUCAAUUGGAUCCAAUUAUAAGUUAAAUGAUGUAACUGAUGUGCAGAUUCUAGCCCGGAUGCAGGAAGAAAGUCUCCGGCAGGAAUAUGCAGCCACCACUUCUCGGCGCAGUUCUGGUUCAUCUUGCAAUUCUACAAGACGGGGUACUUUUAGUGAUCAGGAACUUGAUGCACAAAGUUUAGAUGAUGAAGAUGACAAUAUGCAUCAUGCAGUAUACCCUGCUGUUAACAGGUUUUCACCAUCACCACGCAAUUCACCUCGACCAUCACCUAAGCAGUCGCCCAGAAAUUCACCUCGUUCACGAUCUCCUGCUCGGGGAAUAGAAUAUAGUAGAGUGUCCCCACAGCCUAUGAUUAGCCGCUUACAGCAGCCGCGCCUUUCACUUCAAGGCCAUCCCACAGAUUUACAGACAAGCAAUGUUAAAAAUGAAGAAAAACUAAGGCGCAGUCUUCCAAACCUGUCCCGUACAUCUAAUACACAAGUUGACUCAGUGAAAAGCAGCAGAAGUGACUCAAAUUUUCAAGUGCCAAAUGGAGGAAUACCUCGCAUGCAACCUCAGGCUUCAGCCAUACCUUCUCCAGGCAAAUUCCGCUCCCCUGCAGCACCAUCUCCUUUGGCUCUUCGGCAACCAGUGAAAGCAUUUAGUAACCAUGGUUCUUCUGGUAGCCAAGAAACAACACAGUUCACACAAACCACCUCCUCACCUGGGCCUCCUAUGGUUCAAAAUACAGUUCCAGCAAAUCCUCCCAGCAAUAUCAACAGCACUACGUUAACCAGACCUGCAGGGACAACGGCAAUGAGAAGUGGAUUGCCCAGACCCAGUGCCCCUUCUGCUGGGGGUAUACCAGUGCCUCGCAGCAAACUUGCACAGCCCGUUCGCAGAUCCUUGCCAGCUCCUAAAACCUAUGGUAGCAUGAAAGAUGACAGUUGGAAAGACGGCUGUUAUUGACCAGCAAAGACAAGAAUGCAGAGAUCCACGGUUUCAUGGAUACCCCUUCACCAAGCUAAUAAACAACUUUUAUAUGCAGACUGUUCAGAUAAGACUCUUGGGAUUUAUAAAAUCCCAGCCCUCUCUGUCUUAUUAGCACAAACCGACAGAGAUGAUCAAGCAGCACUUUAAUGACAUUUAACAUCUGAUGUGUUUGGUAAUCAUACAAUCACUCUACAUGGAAUCACUUUUAGUUUUGUUUAAUAGAACCUUGGUUGAUUUUUAAAUAUUUGUCAAAGGCCAAUAUCUGGGCAAAUACCUAAUGGAUGCCAAAGAGAAAUGCCCAUUUGUAAAUGAGAGAGUACCUUUGUGCAUAAGAAAAUGGUGAAUUUAGGCUACCUAAAACUUCGCAUUCAACCUAAUUUACUGUAUAAAUGGUAUCAAUAAAUAUUUGUGUUAAUGAGAACUAAUAUUCUGACUAAUUAUCUAAAGUGAUUGAAUUCUCCAUAAAACAAGGUUAAGAUUUGGGGUUGGGAGGAGAAUGGGAGGAAGAAAUCCAGACUAGAGAUUAAAAUAUGGUACAUACACUUAAAAGAAUCUAUGGAUUAUUUUUUUCAGAUUUAUUGGAAAAAUUAUUUAAUCUUAAAUUUUGGACAUAGCUCACAUCAGCACCACCAGAUAGUGUUACAGUGUGCAUCCAUCAUGUUGCAUUGACACAUCAGACUUAUCUGUGUUUGUUUUGAUUGCCAAAAGGGCUCAAUAUCAGUUGUACAAUCUUUCUAAACUUUAUACUUCCUGGCUCAGGAAGAUGGCCUUUGCUACUGAAGCCAACUUCUUCACAUGCUGUUAUCUGUCACAGAAUUAAGAUAUCUCAUUUAUAUCGGCAGGUUUUCCAUGAUGGGAAAGAACAAGUGUGUGUCUUUAUUCUUGAUACAACACCUCAGUGCUUACAACCUGGAACAAAACCAUACAGUGAGAGAGAGGGGGAAAAAAAUCUAUGCACUUAACCUACAAAGUCUCUGGUGGUGACGGUUGAAUUAUUGCUAUUAAAUGGCAUAACUGUCUAUUAUGUGGUAGGAAAUAUAGCCUGCUAAAUCCUACUUAGGUUGAUUCACUUUAUACUGGGUAACUGUAUAAAAUCUUUUGAAAAUACUGUCCCUUUUGACUUAAAUUCUGCCUUACAUCAGUUUUUGCAUUUUUGGUAACAAACCUACUGUACCUGACUCUAAUCUGUUAAAUAAAUACUUGCUUUCUAAUGGCUCUUAUAUACCAUCCUUGAAAUCACCUGUUUUUGUUUUAUCAGAUUAUUACCAAACUAAAACUUCUUCUGUAGCAGACUUCUCAUUUUUGACAUCAGGUCUGUUUUUAAGUACUUAAACAGCUCUAAAAUAUUGGCAGUUGGGUCACCUAAAAGAUUUUAGAGAUUUAAUCAUAAGUUUAUUUCCUAUUAAAGACAUUCUGUAAGUUGGCAAAGGAAAUUGAGAGAGAAAUGGAAGACAAUAUUCAGAACAGCAUUGAGGUUGAUAGGUUAAAAGAGUAAUGAAACCAAGACUCCCAUAUUGCUGUGACUGACACCUAAUAGCUUGACCAUUAGGAAGGCAUUGGGUUAGCACAAGCAGCUGCAGAUUUAAACUGCCAGUAUGGUGUAUAUUGCAAGGAAGAAAUUGUAUCCUUGAAUUGAAGGUGAUGGGGUGGGUCUGGGAAGAAUGAUGCCAGAAUUCUACAUGCUAAUGAACUGGAAAAUGUUGCUUUUUCAGAGGAAAAUAAAGCAUCUGCUUUGGUGAGGGGGGUUAUCUCAUGUAAAUCUAAGUAAAUAAAGAAUUAGCCACUGUCUCAUUUAAAAAUACCAUCCAUAAAAAAAACAAAACAGGUCUCCAUUUUCAGUGCAACAUUUCAAAAAAUAUAUGCUGCAAUCUAAUAAUUAAAAGGAACUUUAACCCUGUUAUGAAACAUCCAUUACCUUUUUAGUUAGAUAAUCAGUUUCAAAAGGAAUAUUCAGGUUAUUUAACUUUGUUUUUAAAUGGCUGCAUCAGAAAAAAAAAAUGUCUAUUUUUUUUUUAAUUAAACAGUUUCAUCACUUGUUAAAAACAUAUUUUGGAUCUGAGUUUGGUAAAGUAUUAUUUUACCUGCUAUUGUACUACCACAGAUUUUUGGCUUUUAGUUUCCUAAAGAGAAAAAAAAAUGCCUUUUUACUAGAGAGCCUUUGUGUAUUGCCAGUUUUUCUGUUUGGGAAAAUCUAAGGAUUUACUGUGGUUAGUCUUACAGAAGAAAUGUGGAUUUGAUAAACUAGUGCCUAUGAUUUUAACUUAUGUUUGAUAUAUAGUAGUAAGGGUUUUAUGAAUGUUGAUUAUUUUGUGCCAACAGCCCAGAAUUGUCAUUUAUAUGUAAGCAGAAAGCUAUGAACUCUGCUUCCAAAGUUAUUUAAUUUUCUCAGUGUUUGAAUGUUAUUUUUUGUAAGUGUGUUAAUAAAAGUGUAAAGAAUUGGAAAAAAAUAUAAAUAUUCUUAACUCGAGCAUUUGCUGGAUCAUUUUUCUAUAAAACUUGUUUGUAUAAUAUAAAACGCUCUCUGAAGAGUUGACUUUUUUCAGUUUUCAUACCCUGGAAAUCACAUUUUGUAAAACUGGGGACCAUUCAUAAUUGUCAGAUACUUUUUAAAAUUAUUUCAAAACAUCACUUUUAUAGAAAAAAAAAGUUUUUUUGAAAGAAAAUGAGAUACAUAUGUGGCCCCAGAUGUUUGUAUAACUCUAGGAUGAUCUAGACUAUGUAUGUUUAAAUUAACUUUCUAUUGACUGUACAGGUGUCCAUUUUUGACAUUACGCAUGGUCCUUUUAGAUCACAUGAAGUUUGAUUUGCAAACAUUUCUAUAGCCGAACUUGUAUGUGUGGUUGCUCCUUAAUAAACAGCCUGACCAUAA